CUUUUCGGUUUAUAAUGAAUAAAAAAACCUUUUCAAAUCUCUUAAGCAAAGAAAAAUCGAAAUUUGAAGCUUCGGUGGCAAAAUUUCGAAAACUGAAUGAAUCAGUUCGAGAAGUUUCAAAUGAGGCGUUCGAUAUGUACGAUUUAGGAAAUAGUGAUCAUAUACCCAAUGUAAGCAGAGUAAGUUCGUCGACGUCUGGUGGUCAGGCAGAAAUAAUUCAGAAGCUGGAUGCGAUAGAAACCCGACAAAAAGUAAUAUUGAAAUUUUUAAGAAGUGUUGACGGCCGACUCAUUGGCGUUGAAAAAUCAUUAAAAGAUAAUAUGCCAGACAAAGCGGAAGUACAAGCGCAAAGUAAAUUGCUGCGCGAAUGUCACGUUAUAGUGUCAAAAACGCAACGUUCACUUAACCGUAUUACUGGUGAAUUGGAGGACGAAGAAUAUACAGAACUCUCUGCGGAACUACCCAUGACAUCGGAGGUGGAUGUGCGCUUUAUUGAAGAAAAACUUCUAAAAAAAGAAAGCACGGAGACUAUGAUGCGGAUAAUGUUGAACGCUAAAGGCUCCAAAGGCAAUGUUGACGGCGUACUGCGAAUGCUGUUUUCAGAUGAACUAAUGUACCACUACAAUCUAGAGGGGCGAAAAAACAAAAAACCAUUGUUGAAGCUUAAAUCCGUAGGGUUAAUUUUUGAUAUCUUUGCGGACAUGGAUAAAAAUGCCAUUUGCGAGGACUUACGACGAUAUGUGGUCUUAAGCCACAAUAGGUUAAAGCAAAAAAAACAUAAACUUAAAGCUGCGUUAGAAUGAAAACCAUGUAGUUCUAUUAUUAAUUAAGUAUAUAUUAACGUUUUUAAUUUGUUGUUUUAUACUUUCGUAAUAUAUUACACAGAAUAAAUCGUUUUUUUUUCACAUAA